GAUAUUUUAUUCUGUAUUUAAUUGUGAUCACAUCACCUAUAGUGUGCUUGGUGACGGUGUGUGAAUGUUGUAAUUUUUCAGGUUAUGUUCAUAACAACUAAAUACCUGAUUUGUUAGUGCUUGUUUUUGGCCUGACCGGUAAAAUCGCGACGUGUAUCUUCGUAAAAGAAACGGCUUAGUGUGUGACGUGCUGUCAGGAGAAGUUUGACUACGAGGUAAUUUCCUCAUAUACUUCGUGGCUAACGAGAAAAGGCGGACAGUGAAAUUCAAAGACUGUAGAACUGAAGCGAUGGACCAGGAGCCAACUAAGUGGAUAAAAAAAGAGGAAACUGAUGAAGUACAAACUGAGUUACACUUCAUAGCCCAAGAUUAUCCAUGCAGCAUGAAUGUAAAAGAAGAGUUGGAGGAGGGUGUGAAUAAAGAGUUUCUUGAAGACCCAUUAAAGGCUGGGGCCCAUCUUGUUCGCUUGAAGCAAGACCCCGAACUGAAACACUGUGCUGCUGGAUCUGAGCAUAAUUCUGUUGAAGAUCCAUUGGGAAUAUCUUUGUCCACUGAUUUUAUCAAGGAGGAUCCUGAAUUAAAUAUAACUGAGAAUACUAUGGAAACCUCAACAAGAUAUGCAUCUGAUAGUGCAAGAUUUACUCAGACUGCUGGUGGGAGUUGCAGCAUAUCAUGUGAAGAAACUUGUCACCAUAGACUGGUCCAGGAUGAGUUGGUGAUAGACACGGAGAAGUCAACACAUGGGUUCAGUACCAAUACAGAAGAUGUGGCCAUUGAUAAGGAAUGCUCAGUUGCCACCCAAUAUGACUGUAGUACGAGGGAAAAGGAAUUAGAUGUAUAUAGCUGUAAUUUCUGCCAACAGAGCUUUUCUUCAAAAUACAGACUCAUAAUGCAUGUGUUCAUGCACAUGGAUGGAAUGCAACCACCUUCGUAUGUUUGUAAGCGGUGUGGUGAGGUAUUUCACAGUGAUGUUAGCUUGAAAAAACAUAUGAGAAUGAGUGAGUAUUGUCAAGUUUUAAGUGCUGACAGUCAUGAAAAAUAUGGACAUAGUGAUGAGCAUCAAACCACUACCUUGUUGGAUAGCGAGUUAGAAGUUUCUGUCACAGAACACAAUGAGCAGUCUUCGUGUAAGGAAGCUUGGAAAGAUUCAAAAAAGCCCUCUAAUGACAUAUGUAACACACAUAUGACAAAUGAUAGAGAGAAAACAAGUAAUUAUGGAACUUUGUCUAUAGCUGUUAAUGUCAGUACCCAGGCUGAUCUACUUACUGCAAACAGAACCGACAGAUGUGGUAUUUGUGGCAAAUUGUUUGCUAGGUCAGGUGAUCUCGAGAGACAUGUUUCCAUUCAUACUGGGAAAAGACUUCACAAAUGUGAUAUUUGUGAGAAGUGGUUUCCCCAGUCACUUUAUUUAAAGGCUCACACAUUAAUUCACACCGGAAAGAAACCUCACAAAUGUGAGAUUUGUGGGAAAUCUUUUACAGUGUCAGGUGAUCUCAAGAAUCACGAUUUAAUUCACACUGGAAACAACCCGCACAAAUGUGAGAUUUGUGGGAAAUCUUUUGCUAGGGCAGAUUAUCUCAAGACACAUACAUUAAUUCACACUGGAAAUGAAACUCACAAAUGUGAGAUUUGUGGGAAAUCUUUUACUACGUCAGCGUAUCUUUACAAACACACAUUAAUUCACACUGGAAAGAAACCGCACACAUGUGAUAUUUGUGGGAAAUGUUUCACUGUGUCAGGCUAUCUCAAGAAACACGUAGUAAUUCACACUGAAAAGCUACCGCACAAAUGUGAGGUUUGUGGGAAAUCUUUUGCUAGGGCAGAUAAUCACAAGUUACAUAUGUUAACUCACACUGGAAAGAAACCUCACAAAUGUGAGAUUUGUGGGAAAUCUUUUACUAUAUUAGGCAAUCGUAACAAACAUUUACUAAUUCACGCUGGAGAGAAACCUCACAAAUGUCAGAUGUGUGGGAAAGCUUUUGCGUUUUCAAGGUAUCUGAAGGAACACACAUUAAUUCACACUGGAAAGAAACCAUACAAAUGUGAGAUUUGUGGGAAAUCUUUUGCUAGGGCAAAUUAUCUCAAGAUACACACAUUAAUUCACACUGGAAAUAAACCUCACAAAUGUGACAUUUGUGGGAAAUCUUUUGCAACUGCAAAGCAUCGCAAGAUACACAAAUUAAUUCACACUGGAAAUAAACCUCACAAAUGUGAGAUUUGUGAGAAGUCUUUUACUAUAUCAGCCAAUCUUAACAGACAUUUAUUAAUUCACACUGGAGAGAAACCUCACAAAUGUGAGAUUUGUGGGAAAUCUUUUGCUGCGUCAGGCUAUCUUAAAAAUCAUGUUUUAAUUCACACUGGAAAGAAACCUCACAAAUGUGAGAUGUGCGGGAAAGCUUUUGCGUUGUCAUGCUAUCUGAAGGUACAUACAUUAAUCCACAGUGGAAAGAAACCUUACAUGUGCGAGAUUUGUGGGAAAUCUUUUACUGUGCUACAUAAUCUCAAGAAACACUCAUUAAUUCACACUGGAAAGUAACCUCACAAAUGUAAGAUCUGUGGGGAAUCUUUUGCUACAUCAGGUGAUCUCAAGACACAUGCAUUUGAACACACUGGUAGUGGACCUCACAAGUGUGGUAUCUGUGACAAAAGUUUCACUUACUUGGAUACUCUCAAGACACAUGCAUUUCUUCACAUCAGAAAGAAAAUGUAAGUAUUUGUUAGAUUACGCAAAUACACUCCUGGAAAUUGAAAUAAGAACACUGUGAAUUCAUUGUCCCAGGAAGGGGAAACAUUAUUGACACAUUCCUGGGGUCAGAUACAUCACAUGAUCACACUGACAGAACCACAGGCACAGGCAACAGAGCAAGCACAAUGUCGGCACUAGUACAGUGUAUAUCCACCUUUCGCAGCAAUGCAGGCUGCUAUUCUCCCAUGGAGAGGAUCGUAGAGAUGUUGGAUGUAGUCCUGGGUAACGGCUUGCCAUGCCAUUUCCACCUGGCGCCUCAGUUGGACCAGCGUUCGUGCUGGACGUGCAGACCGCUUGAGACGACGCUUCAUCCAGUCCCAAACAUGCUCCAUGGGGAACAGAUCCGGAGAUCUUGCUGGCCAGGGUAGUUGACUUACACCUUCUAGAGCACGUUGGGUGGCACGGGAUACAUGCGGAAGUGCAUUGUCCUGUUGGAACAGCAAGAUCCCUUGCCGGUCUAGGAAUGGUAGAACGAUGGGUUCGAUGACGGUUUGGAUGUACCAUGCACUAUUCAGUGUCCCCUCGACGAUCACCAGAGGUGUACGGCCAGUGUAGCAGAUCGCUCCCCACUCCAUGAUGCCGGGUGUUGGCCCUGUGUUCCUCGGUCGUAUGCAGUCCUGAUUGUGGCGCUCACCUGCACGGCGCCAAACACGCAUACGACCAUCAUUGGCACCAAGGCAGAAGCGACUCUCAUCACUGAAGACGACACGUCUCCAUUCAUCCCUCCAUUCACGCCUGUCGCGACACCACUGGAGGCGGGCUGCACGAUGUUGGGGCACGAGCGGAAGACGGCCUAACGGUGUGCAGGACUGUAGCCCAGCUUCAUGGAGAUGGUUGCGAAUGGUCCUCGCCGAUAUCCCAGGCGCAACAGUGUCCCUAAUUUGCUGGGAAGUGGCGGUGCGGUCCCCUACGGCACUGCCUAGGAUCCUAUGGUCUUGGCGUGCAUCCGUGCAUCGCUGCAGUCCAGUCCCAGGUCGACGGGCACGUGCACCUUCCGCCGACCACUGGCUACAACAUCGAUGUACUGUGGAGACCUCACGCCCCACGUGUUGAGCAAUUCGGCGGUACGUCCACCCGGCCUCCCGCAUGCCCACUAUACGCCCUCGCUCAAAGCCCAUCAACUGCACGUACGGUUCACGUCCACGCUGUCGCGGCAUGCUACCAGUGUUAAAGACUGCGAUGGAGCUCCGUAUGCCGCCGCAAACUGGCUGACACUGACGGCGGCGGUGCACAAAUGCUGCGCAGCUAGCGCCAUUCGACGGCCAACACCCUGCUUCCUGGUGUGUCCGCUGUGCCGUGCGUGUUAUCAUUGCUUGUACAGCCCUCUCGCAGUGUUCGGAGCAAGUAUGGUGGGUCUGACACACCGGUGUCAAUGUGUUCUUUUUUCCAUUUCCAGAAGUGUAGGUUUUCAUGGUUGGUGCCCUCAAGGCCUAUAAAAUAAUGUAUAUACCAGGGGACAAUAAAUUGUACUUUCGGUGUAAUAAUUUUAAAAUCUGGUAGAAUUGUGAAAGAACUUGUAAUGAUGUGUACUAUAGAGUGCUAACAGAUAAUAUGACAAAAAAUUCAUAUCUGUAGCUUCAGAUACCAAGCAAUGGUAUUACCAAAUACUCAGGAAACAUGAAUCAAAUGUGUUUUUGUCAUUAGCACUGCUGCUUUUUCCUAUUGAUCUUGUGACAAGAAGAUUGUGAAUUGUGAUAAAUCCUUACAUUUGUCAGUAAUCAUAAGUAUCUUGCAAUAUUCAGUAUAAGGCCAAUUAAAUGUGAUGACUUUCUGCUUAAUAUUCCAAACAAAGUCAUCAUAUAGUUCUUGUAACUCUGUAUUUUAGAAACAGUGACAGUAAAAAUAUAUUCAUGGCACUGGCUUCAGUGAGGUUAGUAAACUCAAUACUGGAGAAACAUGAUUAUAACAAUUAUUUUACUCAGAUAUGUUUUCUCAAGAGACUUGGUGUGUCAUUAAUAGUGUGUACAUUUAUGUUCUGUUGGUACUAAUCCUGCAUUAGUAAACAUAACAAAUAUAAGAACGUGCUUAAUAGCAUGUUUGUCCACCUUUGGAAUACAGUACUUUGGCAAUUCUACAUGAUUUGGACGUGACACAUCAUUUACAUAUUUUGGGUGUAUGUUGCACCAGUUGUAUUCCACACAUUCAGAUUAGCUAAAUGGUAUGGUCAAGACACCAGUGUUAGUUACCAUGCUACUCAGGCCAUGCACAUGUGACAUGGACAAUUAUCCUGCUGAAAGAUGCCUCCACUAUGGGAGAGCACACCAGUCUGAAGGAAUCCAUGCAGUUGCAAUAAAUGUCACAUAGUCUGCAGCUGUCAUGAUGUCUUCUGUUGCCAACAGGUGUCCCACAGGAGCCAAACUGACUGCCCCCAUAGCAUGAUGGGCCCUCUAUUUGGUGCCAUUCAUUUAGAUGAUUGCAUAUCUGGAUGUGCAACUGACCCGGUGUAACAAGAAAUAUCACCCAUCCUGACAGUUAACGUUUGAAUUGACCUUCACUCCAGCCUCAAUGAUCCCUUGCCCACUGCAGCUGCAAGUGAACAUUUUGGUGGAUCAGUAUGGAAACAUACAGUGACCAUAUGUUCCAGAGCCACACAUUCAACAAUGUACAUUGAACUGUGGAUUCCAAAACGUGUAUGGCUGCCCCAGCGUUGUUUUCUGUCAUUAGAUAUGCCACAUCUCCAGCUUUACAGAGCAGGCAAGCUUAUGACCUCCAUACUUUGUGAAAAAGUGUAGAUGUAUUACAUCUUUUCAUAAUGUGAUGGACUUAUUACCUUUCAGCCACUUUCCUCAGAUGUUCACAACAGUAGCAUAGAUCCAUUGUACCAACUUCACCACUGUUGAGGUGCUAGUUCCCAACUGCAAUGCCACUUUAACUUUUACUUUGCUAUAGUCACUUCCAUAAUUAAAUUUACAUGUUCACAGCUCAUCUUACUGAUAGAACAAAAAGUGUAAAUCUCUGGUCUGCUUAUAUACUUGUUAUCUGCUUACUGCAUCAUGUGAAUACAACAUGGCCUUCAUUCUCCUUAUGAACAGUGUUCAUGACAUUUUUGCCCAUCAGUGCCUUUUCAUGUAAAUGGGUCAGAUGCAGAAAUGUGUAAUCUAAGAAGUUCAUCACACUUGGUUGCCAUUUACACUAGUGCACAAUAGCUAUAUUUUUGUGAAAUAUUUUUGUUUCACAAAGCUGUGUACAUAAUUCAGAGAUAAUAUAGGUAAGUGUUAUACACCAAAGCUCUUAAUUACUUGUUCAGCAUCUAAUACUACGUAAGUUCUACAAAAAAGAGAUAUAGGUAAACAAACAUUAGGUGUUAUGAUUUGAUUCCAGUUUUUUGUAUACACAAGAACAACACAUAGGAGAACUCAGAACGUGAGCACUAAAUAUUUCUUGUGUUAUAUUCAAAGAUGUUUCCAUUGUGUGUAUUUUUCUUAAUUUGUUUUAAAUAUACAUGAGGUUUUUGGAAAA